AAUACAUUUAAUAUAUUUUACUAGUUUUGUUAAAACCACUUAAAUGGUUACUUCAAAAAUGUAUCUUUACGGAAUUUUGAUAAUUGUGGCUGGGAUAGUAGCCACAAAGGCAGAAGCUGAUUGCAACAGGCCUCCACCUUUUGUGGAAUUAACCGAUUGUUGUGAUUUAGAUAUUAUUUCGGAGGAUAUUAAAGCGAAGUGUGAUCCUAUAGACGAAGACAGAUGUUUCUUUACGUGUGUUGUUAAUGAAACGGCCAUUUUAGUUGACGGCGAAAUUCAGGAUGAUAUUGUGGAUACCUACUUAAACGAAGUUUUUGAUGAUUCCGAAAAAAUGGAAUACGUGCGUAAUAAAUUAAUGAGUUGCUAUGAACAACAUAAGAAAUUUGUAUCAAAUAUGCCCGAUCAUGGACAUCACGAUUUUUCAGAUUGUGGUCCAAAACACGGUGGUAAGUUAAUAGGUUGUGUUCAUGUCCAUUCACUUGAGGACUGUCCGGAUUCCUAUUGGUCCAAUACUGCAGUUUGUAAUGAAGCGCGUGAUCAUUUUAUUCAGUGUGAACGACCACAUCAUGGUCCUCACCACCAUAAAGAAGAUGUCGAUGUAGAGGAAUAAGACAUUUAAAGAAUGUACAUACAUACAUAUAUAAAAUGAAAAACAUGUACCAAUAAAUAUAAUUAAAAUUGCAUAUAUA